CGGAUUGAAAACCUAAACAAUUACAAGAUGUUUCUGAACUUCGCAACAACUAGCUUCAUCGCGACCCUUCUUGCCUCUGUCACGGCCCAUCCCACUGCCAAUCUCAUCCGAGAGCUAAGGGACACCCGUGGAUUGGGUGACAGCAAUCAGGGAUUCGCUGGUGCGCUCCUCAGUAGAACCAAUUAUGUUUCUGUUACCGCGAGCUUUGUUAUUCCGGAAUUUGGCCCGACCAAUUUGACCGCAGAUAGCGUCCAGUACUUGAAUGCAGUAGUUAUCCUUCUGUGUACUCAUGCUCGUGUAUCCGCAUUUGUCGGUUUCUCAAUUAAUCCCAAUGGGACUGAAGUCUUUGCACUGGGACCCAUUCCCCCGGCAGUAUCCUUCAUUGCCGGGGAUAUGGCUCAGAUAACUGUAGAAGCGUUGCAGGUCGGAUACAACACAACUGUUGAGAAUUUAACCUCUGGCCACGCGACGAGCGGACACAUCCCUUCAGCUAAAGAACCUCUCUGUUUUGCGGCAUCAUGGGGUAUCGAGGGACCCCGCUCUCAGUCUUUUGUGGGCAGUAUCAAUUUCUACAACACGUUCGCUGUUGACAAAGUGGGGGUGAAAAGUGGUCUGUUGGAAGCGUCCAUUCAACCCAUCAUUGCACCUAACGGGACACCCCUUACUUCCAUUAACAUCAUCUCCCCCACUAACAUCACCUCUUUCACUGACAUCCCCUCUUCCACUAACAUGACCAUCUCAUAUCUCUGAGGCUAAUUAUUCUGUUUGACUGAUGGACUGCUUGUCUGACACUGAUGUUCCACAAACGGAGCUUGUUAAAACUUCGUUCCCCUCAGUUCCCAUUCACAAGUCUGAGGAUUAGUAUCCUUCUUGUUUGUUAUGUUACUUGACAAGUCGUUACACUCAUCAUGUUUCCAUUCCAAAUUAAGUGCGCAUCUGUACAAGUGAAC